CGUCUCCCCUCAGGCUGUUCUGACAAUAGCAUACUGUAUAUGCCAUGAAGCCUUUGUUUUGCAUAUUUGCAUCCAGUGUGUUCCACGUGACCCCAGAGGGACACGGGCAGGAAGGAUUAAAUAUCCCUUCACUGAUUCACUUUGUGUUUAAUUUUGCAUUAAUGGGAGAGAAAGAGGGAUGGUGAUGGAGAGAGCAGUUAGCAGUGAAGCGGAAGACAAACAGGAAUGGGAUAUAUGUGGGAAGAGUCUGAGUGAGCAAAUUAGAGGAGGGGAUGAAGUGAGAGAGAGAGAGAGAGAGAGGCAGAGAGAUAGCGAGAGAGAGGGAGGGAUAGAGAAUAAAAAAAUAAGCAGACAGGAGUGGUGCUAGCCUCUAGAUUUCCUCCGUCUCACUCGUGGUAGAGAUCAGAGUCCAGGAUAAUCAUUGACAGGGUGAUCGUCCUUCCAUGCAAUCGCACUGACUUGGGCUGAUGCUGUUUUGAGAGAUAGGGAAGUCCAUCUGGGUCAAGUCGUCAGAUGGAGGCUGCACUUCCGAGACGGACGGCACGCUCCGCUUCUCUCCGUUUAUCUCCCAUUUCCAAGGAGCUGCCAUGCUCCCGUAUGGUACUCCCCUGAGUCACCGGACCCUGGUCUCCAGCGCGAGGAUUCUCCAGCCAUGCCGCUCUCCACCGUGAACUAGCCAGUGCUCCUCUGACGGCGCUCUUAAGACUCCCAGGUAUGGCCUUCGCUCUGUUCCCAAGCUCCCUCGCCUGGGUCCUCCUCCUCCUCCUCCUGUGUGGCCGUGACGGCGUCACCGGUCUGGCGGGCGAGGGUCUGGUGGGCGAGGGUCUGGCGGGCGAGGGUCUGGCGGGCGAGGGUCUGGUGGGCGAGGGUCUGGUGGGCGAGGGUCUGGCGCUCUGGCAGCGACUCCAACCCAGUCCCGUGAGCGAGGGCCAGCUGCCCCUGCAGGACACGUUCCCCGAGGGCUUCCUGUGGGGGGCCGGGACCUCGGCCUUCCAGACCGAGGGGUCCAGCGGCAGGGACGGAAGAGGGCCGUCCAUCUGGGACCGCUUCCGGUCUCCCGCGGCGACAGCGGACGAGGCCAGCGACAGCUACCGGCUCUGGGAGGAGGACGUGGCCGCGCUGAAGUACCUGGGAGCGAGCUCCUACGCCUUCUCUCUGUCCUGGCCCAGGCUGUUCCCCAACGGGACCACGUCGGGGGGCCCCAACGCCGCUGGGGUGGCCCACUACGGCAGGGUGAUAAACCGCCUCAGGCGGGAGGGGAUCGAACCCGUGGUGACCCUCUUCCACUGGGACCUGCCCCUGGCCCUGCAGGAGGACCUUGGCGGGUGGCGCAACAAGUCCCUGGUGGACAUAUUCGACGACUACGCGGCUUUCUGCUUCCGAACGUACGGGUCGCGGGUGAAGUAUUGGAUCACAGUGCACAACCCCUUCCUGGUGGCCUGGCAGGGGUACCGAACAGGGCUGCACGCCCCCGGAGAGGCUGGCGACCCCGGCGCGACCUUCGCCGUAGCCCACAAUCUAAUCAGGGCACAUGCAAAGGUAUGGCACACAUACGACCGGUACUUCCGACCCCAUCAGCAGGGCUACGUGUCCAUCACCCUGGGCUCCCACUGGAUGAAGCCAAUCGUGCAUCAGGCCUUCCCGGCUAACGUGCAACGUUGCCAGGAGUCCAUGGAGGCCGUGCUGGGCUGGUUCGCCGAGCCCAUCCACGGGAGCGGAGACUACCCCGCCUCGCUGAAACGGCAGAACCCGGGCCUGGUGCCCGAGUUCACCCAGGCCGAGAGGCAGCUGGUCCGGGGGACGGCCGACUUCUUCGCCCUGUCGUUCGGCCCCAACAACGCCCAGCUCGGACAGGCCCUGACCCGAUACGACCAGCAGGUGUCGCUAGACCUGCGGCAGGCCUUGAACUGGAUCAAGUUGGAGUACGAGAACCCUCGCGUGCUCAUCAUGGAGAACGGGUGGUUCUCUUACGCCACGGUGGGGACCGAGGACACGGUGGCCAUAUACUUAAUGAAGAGGUUCAUCAGUCAAGUUCUGCAAGCAAUUGUACAUGACAGUGUCCAGGUGUUUGGCUACACGGCCUGGUCUCUGGUGGACGGAUUUGAGUGGAACGAUGAUUACAGAAUGAGGCGGGGGCUGUUCUACGUGGACUUCAACAGCCCAGACAGGGCCAGGCUUCCCAGGACUUCUGCGAAGUUCUACAGACAGGUUAUCGCUGACAACGGCUUCCCCAGCAGUGAGAUGAACCAGGAUGUAAAGGGCCGUUUUCCCUGUGACUUUCACUGGGGUGUGACCGACACCAAUCUGCAGGUACGCCUCAGACCUUUCUCCCCGCAGUUCACCGAUCCCCACCUGUACCUCUGGAACGUGACCGGGAACGGGGUCCUGCGCCCGGUGGAGGGGGUGCGGCUGCAGACCCGCAGCGCCCAGUGUUCCGACUACCUGGCCAUUCAGAAGCACCUGGACCUGCUGCAGGCCACGGGGGCAGACCACUACAGCUUUGCCCUCAACUGGUCCCUCAUCCUGCCCCGCGGAGACCCCUUGACCAUCGACAGAGAGGCCCUGAGGUACUACCGCUGCAUGGCCAAGGAGCUGAGGAAGAGGAACAUUCAACCGAUGGUGAUCCUCUACUACCCCACCCAUCACAGCCCAUUUCUGGGACUCCCGGCCCCCCUCCACAGUGCAGGCGGGUGGCUCAACGGCAGCAUUGUGGGGGCCUUCAGGGAGUACUCCAAGCUGUGUUUCAGAGAGCUGGGACCGUGGGUGCCGCUGUGGAUCACUAUCAAUGAGCCGAACCACCUGAGCCAAGCCUACAAUGCCAGUGACCCGUACCGGGCUGCCCACCACCUGGUCCUGGCACACGCGGCAGCCUGGCGCCUCUACGACGAGGAGUUCCGGGCCCAGCAGGGGGCGCUGGUGUCCUUCUCUCUGCACGCCGACUGGGUGGAGCCCGCCAACCCCUUCCUGGAGUCUGACGCUGCCGCUGCCAAGCGUUUCCUCCUGUUCAAUCUCGCCUACUUCCUGGAUCCGUUCCUGGGGGGGAGGGAGGGGGACAGAACGUGGCGGGGAGGCGACUACCCGGCGGAUGUGCGGGAGUACCUGCGGGAGAAAGAGAGCCUCGGGCUCUUUCACUUGUCCCUGCCCCGCUUCACCGAGCAGGAGAGGGAGGAGGUCCGGGGAGCUCUGGACUUCAUUGCCCUCAACCACUUCACCACCCACCUGGCGUCCCACAGGCGCACCAACAGCAGCCUUCGCCGCAUGAUGGACCACGACUGCUGGUUGACCAGGGACCACACCUGGCCCUCCUCCAACCAGAAGCAGAACCUGGUGCCCUGGGGCCUGCGGCGGGUGCUCCGCUGGUCAAAGGAGCGGUACGGAGAGGCCAGCAUCUUCAUCACAGCUAGCGGGGUGGAUGACCAGGCUUCCAAGAAUGACCAGAUCAGGCAGUUUUACCUCAGAAGUUACCUCCAGGAGGCCUUGAAGGCUUACCAGAUGGACGGGGUGAACCUGAGGGGCUUCUACGCCUGGAAGCUGCAGGAUCGUCAUGGGCCCCGGUUCGGCCUCUUCUCCUCCCCCUCCUCCUCCCACCUCCAGUCGGUCGCCAAAGGCUCGGUCUCAGUGUACAGAGAGAUAAUCGCCCGAGGGGGGGGAGCUGCAGAGGUGGAGGACCGCGGCGGGGCGUUGUGCGGGGGGGCGGACACCAAGUCCUCCUGCGCCCUGUGCGAUGCGAUGCUGGGGAACAGGCCGCUGCUCUUCUUCGGGGCGUGCGUCUUCCUCACGCUCACCUUGCUGGUGGCGCUCAUCCUCUUCUGGGCCAAGCGGAAACAGAGGGGCCCGCCCCGCGCCGCGCCGUACCGCCCCAGGAGGCCGAGGGGCAAGGGGCCUCAUGUUUUUAAUGACAGCUGCUUAAAAUUCUCUACUACGUGAACUGUUCUAUGUGAACUGUUCUAUGUAAACUGCUCUAUGUGAGCUGCUCUAUGUGAACUGUUCUUUGCGAACUGUUGUUUCAUAUAUGCUCCAAGACUUACUAAAGGAUAUGAUUCCUCAUUUGUUGUGUACAGGAGAUACAUAGGUCUUCGUCUUUCUCUCUGUAGCAUUCUUAACUCCAUAAAGGGUAUAUGCCAUUGACAUUGUACUGAUAUUUCUUAGUACACAAACAAAAUAGGUUUUCAUAUUUAUCAGUAAACGAAGUGCAUGAAUUAGGAUUUUGAUUCACACUAAGAGUUGACCAAAGUCUAUCCAAUGCAUUACUAAUCAAAAUUAUCUCUACUCAGCUUUUUAUUGUUUCAUAUUGAUAACCAGUUGUGCUGAACAACUGUAUGUAAACUAAAACUUUUUUAUAAUUAGCUUUUUUUAAUAUAAUUCCCCAAAUUUGCAACAUUGACAGAAUAAUCCGCUUGACUAUCAUUUUUAACCAUUGGUUCAAAACCUGAAUUGAAGUCAGGUGUGGUCUAAAAAAGUUACAUACAGACAGACUAAACGCUUUUGAAUGAAACUGAAAAUGAAAAAAAAAAAUAAUAAAUUACAUUUUCAGUACUAAAUGUAAAUUAGAUUUUUAUUUUUUUUUCCAGUCAUAACAUACUACUAAAGGUAAUGGUGAUUGCUGGACAUAACAUUUGAACUGAGCCUUAAGUUAGUAUGCAGUGGAGUACUAGUUUGAAAACAUUGACCUCUACACCACUUUCUUUCCCCCUACGUCCAGUGUUAAAAAUUGUAUAUUUAAAAUACAUGUAGUCUGGUAAUUGUGAAAUACUUUUACUCAGAAUAUGGCUCUUGGUAAUACUCUGCUGUCACUUAAAAAUGACUCUAUAGGCAUGGACUUCAAAGGAAUUUUUAAAUGAUAAAUGUGCCUGUCUGUGACUGCUAAAUAAUCCAUUACUAUUUAUUAAGAACUUUCAAUAACACAGGUAGGCUGUCAAGUUGUAGGUCUUGGUGUAAAGACCAUCUAUAUCAGUGGUGUCAAACUCGUUGCCAUGGAGGGCCGUGUGUAUGCAGGUUUUCAUUCCAGCCUCAGAUCUUGAUUAUAUAAUUAGUUAA